AUGGAGACGCAGCAGCACAGGACAGAUGCAACGCCCCUGAAGGGGACAGACAAACUGGGGGGCUCAGAAUGCAAACAAACCAACCAGGCAUUGGCAGCAGCGCUGCAGGAGCUGCAGCAGGAGUUGCUGGGUGUAGCCCGCAGCAACAAGACUCUGUCUUGCUGCUUGUCUGCUGCUCGGCAGCGGCAGCGAGCAGCAGAAGAGGGGCGCAUGCAACUAGCAGCAGAUCUGCGGUGUCUAUGCAGCCGUCUUGCUGCUACUGUUUCUGCGUUCGAAGCAAAACAUAAACCAGCAGCAGCAGCAGCAGCAGCAGCAACAGCAACUGCUGCAGCAGCAGCAGCAGCAGAUAACUGCUGCAGCAACACAAACGCAGUAGAACAGCUCCUUACCCUAGCAGACUUCCUUCAUAUUAAACUGCAGCUGCUGCUGCAGCAGCACCUCAGCGAUGACCAGCAGCAGCAGCAGCAGCAGCAGCUGCAGCAGCAGCAGCACCAAAGCAAAGACAAACAUCAGCAAGGAGACGCGGCAGCAACAGCUGCAGUACAUAAGCAGCAGCACCAUGACUUCCUUCAUAUUAAACUGCAGCUGCUGCUGCAGCAGCACCUCAGUGAUGACCAGCAGCAGCAGCAGCAGCAGCAGCAGCAGCAGCAGCAGCAAAGCAAAGACAAACAUCAGCAAGGAGACGCGGCAGCAACAGCUGCAGUACAUAAGCAGCAGCACCAGCAGCACCAGCAGCACCUGCAACAGCAGCAGCACUUGCAGCAGCAGCAGCACUUGCAGCAGCAGCAGCAUCACUUGCAGCAGCAGCAGCACCACGAGCAGCAACAGCAGCAGCAGCAGCAGCAGCCGCGCAUGCAGCAACAGCGGCAGCAGCAACUUGAUGAUGUGCUGAGGGAGAACCAGCAGCUGCAGCAGCAGAAUCAAUACCUGCUGCAGCAGCUGUCGCAGCAGCAGCAGCAGCAGCAAACUUCUUCUUCAUACGGCUCAAGCCUUUCGUCUUACCGUUCCCCGAACGCAGCAACAGCAGCAGCAUUUCCAUCGCCGCAUGGACCCCACAGCUCAGGCCAAUUGCAGCAGCAGCAACAGCAGCAGCAGCAGCAGCAGCAGCAGCAGACAGCAGCAAACCCGGUAUCUCUCGCCAGCUGCUCCCUUCUGUCUUCAGAAAGAGCAGCAGCAUCAGCUGCUGCUGCUGCUGCUGCAACAGCAGCAGCAGCAGCAGAAGCCCCUCCUCCUGGGGCAAUGUCCCCGACCUCUUCUUUGGAUACAAGCCGCAGUUCUUCUUCAUACGGCUCAAGCCUUUCGUCUUACCGUUCCCCGAACGCCUCCGCAGCAGCAGCAGCAGCAGCAGCAGCAGCAGCAGCAGCAGCAGCAGCACGACAGCGGCGGCCAUCGUGUGUGCCUUGUAUAUCGACAGAGAAGGCGGGGGCGGGCUCCUGGAUGGGGGGCCUUAAGGAACCCUCAGAAUACCCCGUAGGCAACUGA